CAACUUGGUGUACGCAAUCUUGCAUGGGACAACGCGGUGGCUGCUUACGCCCAAAGCUACGCCAAUUCAAGAAUCGGAGACUGCAACCUUGAACAUUCCACCGGAGACUACGGUGAGAACCUCGCCAAGGGCGCCAGCAGCGCCUUCACAGGAGUCGCGGCGGUGAAUUUGUGGACGGUAGAAAAGCCUUACUAUAACUACACUUCUAACUCUUGUGUUGGUGGAAAUGAGUGUUUGCACUACACUCAAGUGGUUUGGCGCAGCUCGGUCCGGCUAGGGUGCGCUAGGGUUCAGUGCAAAAAUGGGUGGUGGUUCGUUGCUUGCAACUAUGAUCCACCAGGGAACUACAUUGACAUAAGGCCCUACUAA